UCCAUCUUAUUUGUGAGAAAUACUGUGUUAGGAACAAAAAACUGAGGCUUCGGAAAAUUAUAUUAUUAUUAUUUGUUUAAUAUUAAAUUGUUUUUUAUUAUUACUCUUGAUACUUUAUUUUGUUAAUUUUAUCUUUAAAGGUGGUAAUUAGUACAAUCAUCUGUUCUUUUUCAUCAUUGCCAUGUCAUUGCCAUGACAUCAGGAUCAAUUCAGAGCACAUCCUCAAGCGUAUCAGCUUCACCACCAGCAAGGACAACGACUCCACCAGCCUCAAAAUCUGUGUUACCAACUGCCUCCACAGCACCUUCAAGUGUUGCUACCAAUUUUGAUGAUGAUUACAAUGAAUGGGAAUUGGGUAUUGGUGAUUUAAUAAUUGACUUGGAUGCAGACAUUGAAAAAAAUAAUAGCCAGCCAAACGGUUCUGCAUCUUCUUCGCCUUUAACAGAAAUAUCAAGGGUAAAGUACCAAGGAGAAGAAAAUCCAAUGGAAGCACAAACGCCGAGUCAACCUGAGAUGAGGCAUAUGUCUACUUGCACAAGUGUAGGUACCGUAACUGAACCAGAUUGCUUAGGGCCAUGUGAACCAGGUACAAGUGUUACCUUGGAAGGUAUUGUUUGGCAAGAAACCGAAGGAGGUGUCUUAGUUGUAAAUGUCACCUGGAGAGGUAAAACUUAUGUUGGUACUUUAUUGGACUGCACUAAGCAUGAUUGGGCCCCACCUCGUUUCUGUGAAUCCCCGACUAGUGAUAUUGAAGCUAAAGCUAACAAAAGUAGUAGAGCUAAGCGAGGUAGAACUUCAGUUGAUUUGCGGAGUGUUCAAAGUAAAUUACGCAAUGGAAAAGGACGUAGAACUGCUAAUUCAAGUUUUACUGUACCCGCAAGUCCAGUGAAAUGUGAAGCGCCUGCCAGUGUCAAUGGCAAGCGUAAAUCUCGUCCUGAUCUGGAACUAAGUCCAGUUCCAGAAUCAGCUAAAAAUGGUAAACGUAACCGUUCACAAUCUCGGAAUACUCCAACACCCAAUGUGUACUCAAGUGAACCAACAACUCCAACAAUGCAUGCACCACCCUCGCUGGCUCUAAUUGAGUGUCCGGAGCCUAAUUGUAGUAAAAAGUAUAAGCAUAUCAAUGGAUUAAAAUAUCAUCAAACCCGUGCCCAUAGUGGUUUAAGUGAGCCAACAAGUAAAACUGAAACUGAUUCGACCGAUUUGGAACCAAAUAAAGAUUCUGUUUUGCCUUCGGAUAGUGAGGAAGCUACCACUGAAGCUUCAAGUGUACCACCUAGUCCAUCUUCAAAAAAUACACCCAAAAGUGGAACUAAUAGUGAGAGUGCCAGUGACCCUAGCGAAGCAAAUCGGAAUAAUAAUUCAGAUAGUGUUAACCAAGAGUCAUCGGUUACUUUUCAGCCUAUCUGUGAUCCUAAAACUGCCAAUUCUUCAGCUGGAUCACCUAUGAGUGACGAUUUAAAUGAUACUCCAAUGGAUUCUAGAUAUUCACCCACUUCUCCUUUCCAUGGAUCCACUGCGGUGACAACAAGCAACAGUAUUUCAUCUGGACUUGCAACUUCUACAUCGUCUCAUAAUACUAGUAGUACUCCUAGUGCCACAUUCCUAGUCCCAUCUUCGGGUUCGCAAGGUAAUUUAUCAAGUUCUGGUCCGUUGAAGCCUUUGCCAAGUAAACCAAUUUCAGUGGACUUUGCAAAUUCUCAAUCUGAUAAUGCUAAAAGAAAAAAAUCAAAGCAUAAAAAGAAGAAAAAGGAUAAAGAUCGGGAGCGGGACAGGGAUAAGGAUAAAAAAUCCAAGCAUCCAGAAGGCUCUUCUGAAGGAGUGCCUGGGAUCAAAUUAAAGGUAGUUGGUUAUCCCAUGGAUACAUCAACCAGCUCUGAUUGCACUGGUCAAACACCUAGUGAUCAAGUACCUAUGGAUACUUCGCCAUCAGGAAAUUCUUGUGGAUCACCUGUAGAUAAUGCAAAUUCUGACGCGUGUAAUAUUGAAAAUGUUCAAAGCCCAGCCUAUUCAGAUAUUUCUGAUGCCAAUGAUACCGAAACUGAACUCAAACCCAGUGGAAAAUCUGAAGAACCUGUAGUUCCAGCUACCUCAACCAGUUCUGAUGCUUCUUCUAAAUCAGCUUCUAAUAAUUUUGGCAUCUACCCUUUUUUCAACCAAACACCUUACAUUCUUCCAGUUGGAGCAACCUCUGGGGAUAAAACUGCCAGCCCUCAGCCAUACUCAGACAAACAAAAUCAAGAUCCGUCACCCCAAUCACAAUCUUCAUCAAAUCAACCAUCGACAGUGUCGUCAUCCAAAUCAUCUCUGUCUUCAUCAUCGUCACAAUCAUCUUCUGCAUCGUUAUCUUCUCAACCAUCUUCAUCAUUGUUACCUUCUCAGUCCUCUGUUCAACAGCAAUCUUCUCAACAAUCGACUCGUAACUCAUCUCCUCCAAGCAUUGUAAAUCAGCAGCAAACAUCACAGCACCAAUCACAACAGCAACCCCAAUCGCAAUCACAUCAACCUCAGCCUCAAUUACCGCAACCGUCAUCGCGGACGCAACCACAACCACAACCUCAACCCCAGCUACAAACACAGCCACAACCACAACAUCAACAUCAGCACCAACAACAACAGCAACAGCAUCAGCAUCACCAGCAGCAACAGCAGCAACAACAACAUCACCAGCCACAUCAGCAACAUCAGCAUCAACAAAAGCAACAAUCGACAUCGAGCUCGUCAACAUCAACUCAGCAAAAUCAAAGUGUCAACUCAUCUGAUAGCAAGAAAAAUGAAUCUUCACGAUCAUCUGGUCCUACAGAUCCUCGUAGACCUAGAGAAAUUAUCGAUUCAAAUGAUAAAAAGAGAGAUGAUAAAUGUUCCUCCCGUAAUCAAACUUCAUCUUCAACCCCACCCAAUAAUCAUGGACCAUCUUCAACCCUUUCUAACACUAAUCCUCCCACUGGUCCGGAAUAUGGUUCACCAUUGCAAGGAUCUCUUCCCUAUCCUUAUGGAUUUAUGCCAGGAUAUCCAGGAUAUUCACUUGAUCCAGCUUACCAAAUGCAUUUACUUGCCAAUGAUCCUCAUUAUAAACACCAGUAUGAAAGGGUUUCAGCUGAACAUGAGCGAAUGUAUAAGGAGCAACAUUUAAAAAUGUCUGAUAAGGGUGAUCUGAAGGAGCAAUCACAGUUAGCUUCUAAUGACAAAAGACAGUCUCCUGCAUGUAUGGGCCUUGAUUUAGCAACUAAAUCAUCAAGUCUUGCACCUCAAGGCGAUCUCAGGAUAACUCCAACAUCAAAAGUGGAUGCCAUGUUAAUAACCAAUAUCCCAUCGAAAGAUAAAAUGGACUUAGAUAAUCGAGGAAUCUUGAAAGAUAAUCAUGAUAUAACAGUCGAACCUCAACUAAUUAAAAAUAAAGGUGGACCUUUAGCUGGACCUUCAAUGAUGGUUUCCCCAGCUAAUUAUCCCAACUCACUUUAUGAUUCAAUUUAUGAUAAAUCAAAAGACGACAUGAAAAGAUUUUAUGUGGUCGACCAUUCUAAAAAUGAAGACUCUUCACCUAGAGUUCCGUCUCUUUCAAUACCUCAUCCAAGUGGACCUCCACCAUUAAAACGGGAUGAUUCUCAUUUGCAUCGUGAUAAUAAAAUGGAUUCAAUGAAAUCCUCUUCCUCUUCCUCAUCCUCCAUUUUGAAUAUACCGCAAGGCAGUAAAAUUCCAAUGUCUGUCGCCAGUAAUUCUGUGAUGUCUUCUAUUUCAAACGCAAGUUCUUCAUCAAUAUCUAGUCCCAAAAAUGCAGCCCAUCAUCAUUCAUCAAAUUCAUCUUUUAGUUCCUCAUCUUCCUCAUCUUCCAAAAAAGAUAAGUCAAACAAUGAUGAUAAAGAUAAAAAUAAACAUAGUAAAAAUGAAGGUGUUAAACCCACCAUGGAAACAACUGGGCCUCCUCCACCUCCAACAAGUAGUUAUUAUCUUUCAUCUGCAUACCUUCAACAUCCUUCAGCACAUGCCUCAUUUGCUACUCACAUGCCCUUUGACCCAAACCAUCCCAUCUUCCGGCCAGGAGCCAUGAACCCAGCAGUUAUGGGACAUCCGUAUGGUGCACCUCCAUAUCUGCACCCUCAAAUGAGAUAUCAUCAUGGUCCACCAGGCUCCUCACCUGGUCUGGAUAUUAGCCACUUUCAUCUUAAUUAAUUUAACCUAAUUUAAAGUGAUUGUAAUCUUACCAAUCUUUACGGACAACACAUUUAAAGAGUAAAAAAACAAAAAUCUCUUUUCUUUUUUUCUCACAAAAUUAAAACAUAAAAAAAUGCUAAAAAAACAAUUGGUGCCUCUUGCAUAAAUGUAAACUAUAUCAACUUAAUUAAAAGUGAUUCUCAUCAUUUUUCAAAGAAAAAA